GUGGCGGCUGCAACUGUCUGGUCUGGCCCUUCCUUUCUCUUUUGUCCCUUGUCCCUCCAUCGACGUGGGAUGGAAGGGACCCAUCGGUUCCUGUCUGGGCCCAGCAUCACACAGUAGGCCUGAACCUUCGCUGCCCGUCCCGUGGCAUUAUUAUGUCCCGGACCUGAAACAGAAUGGGCAACACCAGCGAGUGUGGACGGGCGUUGUUGCCCUUCUUGAGCUGGCGAGCCAGCGGCCAGACAAGCCCGAGGAUCUGCACCAAGCCCCACCCCAGGUGUUGAUGAAGAUUUACCAUCUAUUUAAGUAAUCAAAAUGGAAAAUUGUGCAAAUGCAGAGGACUGUGAAAAGAUUUCUCUUGAAGAGGCAAAAGCAUUAAUAGAUUUAGAAACAGAGCCUUCAUUCAGUAUUAAUGAAAACACUACUACUACUGACACUGGGCUUUCUGAAAAGGCCCCUACCUGUGGGCAGGUGAACAGUCCUAGAAAGAGAAAAAUAGAAUCCGAAGGCGAACUACAGGAAAGUUCCAACUGUGAAGACACUCCGCCCAAGGAGAGAGUACGUAAUGCCGAACUCGUCCUGGAGGAAAAAGGUUCUGGUGAUGAUGAAGGCAUUUCAAGGAAAAGGAAACUGGAGCUUGAUGAUUUCCCAAAAGAACCUGUUGGAGAUGGGACUCAGAUAAAAAGAAAAAGAGAAGUUGAGGCUGUUCCUCAGAAGCAAAGAAAGCUGGAAGAAGGACACAGUUCAGCAGUAGCUACUCACUAUAAUGAACUUCCAGAAGUUGGUUUGGACAAACGUAGUGAAAGUCGUAUUUUUUACCUAAGAAACUUUAAUAAUUGGAUGAAAAGUGUUCUCAUUGGAGAAUUUUUAGAAAAAGUACGACAGAAAAAAAAACAUGAUAUCACCGUCCUGGACCUGGGGUGUGGUAAAGGUGGUGAUUUACUCAAGUGGAAAAAGGGAAGAAUUAACAAGCUGGUUUGUACAGAUAUUGCUGAUGUUUCUAUCAAACAAUGUCAACAGAGAUAUGAGGAAAUGAAAAAUCGUUGUCGUGAUAAUGAGUAUAUGUUCAGCCCAGAAUUUAUAACUGCUGAUUGUUCAAAGACAUUCUUGGUUGACAAAUAUCGUGAUCCAGAAAUGCAGUUUGACCUCUGCAGUUGUCAGUUUGCUUAUCAUUACUCAUUCGAGUCCUGUGAGCAGGCUGACACAAUGCUGCGAAAUGCCUGUGAGAGACUUAUUCCCGGGGGCUAUUUUAUAGGUACCACUCCCAAUAGCUUUGAACUCGUAAAACGCCUUGGAGCUUCAGAAACAGAAUCAUUUGGAAAUGAAAUAUAUACUGUGAAAUUUCAGAAAAAAGGAGAUUACCCUCUGUUUGGCUGCAAAUAUGACUUCCACUUAGAAGGUGUUGUGGAUGUGCCCGAGUUCCUGGUUUACUUCCCAUUACUAGUCGAAAUGGCAAAGAAGUACAAUAUGAAACUAGUCUACAAGAAAACAUUUCUAGAAUUCUAUGAAGAGAAGAUUAAGAACAAUGAAAAUAAAAUGCUGUUAAAACGAAUGCAGGGGCUGGAGCCUUAUCCUGCUAAUGAGAAUUCCAGACUUGCCUCUGAAAAGGAAGAUGACUAUGAGCAUGCGGCCAAAUAUAUGAAGAAUAGGCAAGCAAGGCUACCUUUGGGAACACUAAGCAAAUCAGAGUGGGAAGCCGCAAGUAUUUACUUGGUUUUUGCAUUUGAAAAGCAACCGUGAGCGCAUGUGCAGUUGCACCAGAACAGCUGUUCCAUUUUCUGCAGAUUUGAAUGAUCCACCUGAAAUCAGUUUGACAACAUUCUGUUUGUUAAUCUCAGUUAUUCAAAAUGUUCAGGAUACUGCCAGAAAUUCUAGUGUAUAAAUUCAGCAUUUGCUGUCUGUGACAGAAGGAA